AUGUUCAAACUCUCGCUGCUCUGUGUGGCAGCCGUUCUCGCCGUGGCCAGUCAAGAGGCACAAGGAAAAAUGACCUGUAAACUGCCUCAGGUCCAAAUUCCAGACGAUUGGAUCACCAUGGUUGAUCCAUGUACGAAAAAAAUGAAAGAGCAGGUCCAGGAAGAACUCACUGCAGCGAUGACAUAUUUUGCAAUGGGAGCACAUUUUUCGAAGGACACAGUGAAUCGUCCAGGAUUUGCGAAAAUAUUCUUUGAUAGUGCCAGCGAAGAACGCGACCAUGCUAUUAAAAUUAUUGGGUAUUUGUUGAUGAGAGGAGGUUUGACCAAAGACAUCAGUCAAUUAAUCCGUGACCCUCAACCUUUGUCUGAAGCAUGGACUGAUGGCUUAAGUGCAUUGAAGGAUGCUUUAAAAUUGGAAGCUCAUGUCACUCGUAAGAUAAGAGAUAUUGCCACCACAUGUGAGGAACCUGGACGUGAUGGACAAGAUUUCAAUGACUAUCAUUUGGUUGAUUGGUUAACUGGUGAUUUCUUGACUGAACAAUAUGAAGGUCAGCGUGACUUAGCUGGUAAAAUAUCCAAUCUUGGUAAGAUGUUGGAAGCACAUGGAGCUCUUGGUGAGUUCCUCUUUGACAAGAAACUUUUGAAUGGAGUUUCAAUUUAA